AUGACUUCCACACUCUCGGACAGCAAACACGACGUCGACAGCGAGAAGGGUGAGGUUUCCCACAGUAGGGAACUCUGUGAAGACCACCAUGGCUCCCAGACAGACAACAUUGACGCCGGCUUCGAGCCGGCGUUUGUACACCGCACAAUGCGCAAGGUGGACAUGCGCCUCGUGCCCAUUCUCGCCGCGCUAUACGCCAUCUCUUUGAUCGACCGUACCAACCUUGGACUGGCGCGUGCAGCCAACGGCUUUCAGAUGGACCGCGACAUUGGAACUGGUGAGGGCAUGCACUACUCGAUUGCGACAAUGCUGUUCUUUGUUCCUUACAUCAUUUUCGAAGUCCCAGUGCGUGAUCCUUCUGCUGGGAUUUGGCUCGGUAUCGCAACCGUGCUGUGGGGCAUCACGACCAUUGGAAUGGGGUGGGUACCCUCGUGGCAGGGCUUGGCCGGUCUUCGCGCCGUUCUCGGCCUGUUCGAGGCAACACUGUUCCCCGGUGCGACCUACCUCAUCGCGACAUGGUACCCGCGGCGGCAGAUGGCAUCGCGCAACGCACUAUUCUUCCUCACGGCCGCAACCACGUCUCAGCUCUUCAGCCCUAUCGCCUAUUGCUUUACACUGAUGAACGGCCUGCAGGGGCACAGUGGCUGGCGCUGGGCGUUUACCCUGUACGGCGUCAUCACCGUCGUGAUCGGUAUCGUCGCAAUCGUUGUUCUAGUCGACUUCCCCGACAAGGCCAAGUUCCUCUCAGCGGAGCAGCGCGAGCUCGUCAAGGUGCGCAUUGAGCGGGACCGCAAGGAUAGCGAGCCCGAUCCCCUCACUUGGCGCAAGGUCGGGAGAUACGCGUGCGACCUCAAGCUAUGGAUAUUUGCCUACCUCUUUGGCGUGAGCUCGCUCUGCGGCUACUCACUCGGGUAUUUCCUACCAUUGCUGCUGUCCGCAAUGGGCUUCAAGAAGAGCAUCGAGCAGAUGCUCCUCGGCGUCCCAGCGUACUUUUACGCCAUGAUCCCGUCAUGGAUCACGGCGCAGAUUUCCGAUCGCAAACCGCACAUGCGCGCGUGGAUGUUCGUCUUCAACUCGUGCUCCACGUUGAUCGGCACGCUCAUGUACUCCCAGAUCAAGGAGAACAAGGCGGCCCGCUACGUUGGCGUCUACUUCGCGGUGGGCGGGUGCCAGAGCAAUGUUCCUCUCGUUACGAGCUGGUGCCAGUGCAGCAUUCGCGCACAGUCCAAGCGCGCUUUCGCGUCCGCUCUCGUCAUUGCCUGGGGUGGGGUCGGCGGCAUUCUUGCCAGCGUGACAUUCCAGCAAAGGGAGGCGAAGCAGGGCUAUCCUACCGGCGUGUGGUUCACUGUGGCCAUGAACAUUGUGGCGAUCGUCGCCACCAUUGCGCUUAAGUUCUGGAUGAGGUGGAGGAACCUCAAGGCGGACACGGAGGGGGUUGUUCUUGAGGACGACCCUGGCUUCCGGUACCAGGAUUAG